AAACUUUUUAUUUUUACCUCUUAUCUAAGUCUUUUUUUAGUUCCAUUAGAAAUGAAAGUGCUAACGCGGGAACAUUUUAAUAGAUGGUACAACUUGCCACCUUAUUUAUUAUCAGUUCUCUUAAUCGAAGUGCCGUUUCAGAUUUGUUGCACUUGGAGUUACAUUGGAAUAAGUUAUUGGCUUACAUCACAACCAUUUGGUUUCCGAUUUUAUCUGUUUGUUCUUUUAUGUACCUUAUCAACCCUUUGUGCACAAGCUUGGGGUUAUUUUAUAGGAGCUACGACACCUACAAAGAUUGCAGUGUUCUUAGGUCCUGUAGUAGCGUGUCUGUUUUCUAUUUUCGGAUUUUGUAUAAGAUACAGAGACACCCCCGUCUUUUUUCGAUGGCUUUAUCAUUUAAGUUAUUAUAGAGCUGGUUUUCAAAGUGUGGUUUACGUAGUUUAUGGUCUAGAUAGAGAAGAUUUAACGUGUCCAGAUAAUAUAUAUUAUUGUCAUUAUUUAAAUCCCACCAAAUUCCUACAGGAAAUGGACAUUACAGACGUUAAUAUUGCCUCUAACAUGUCACUUAUAAUCGUCAUAGGGUGCUUAAUGCAUGCCUUAACAUACAUAACAUUAUGGUUUAAACUUAACAAACGUUAAAAAAAUUAAGUUUAUUUUUUUUA